AUGCCUGGAGAGUACUACACGGAGGAAGACGCCUUUGGUUCACGAUCGCCCGGCCUGGAACCAGUCACUGUCAACGCAAAGCCUGAAGAAGAACCACCGCCUAUUGUUACCCAAAUCUUCGUCAGUCCCCCCACCUCCCGCAAUCGCAAGAAGUCUAAACCUCGAAAGCAUCGCCCAACGCAAGGGGACUGGGUUCUUAUUCGGGAAAUGGACCCGAAUCGUCCUGACAUCGCACACGCAGUCAGCCAGGAAGCCUUGAACUCUGGAUCCGAAACGGAAUCAUCCGACGAAGAAAUGCCAGACCAACCUGCCGCCGCGGUCAAAGGGAUGGCUGUCCCUUCUAUCAGGUCAGACUCAUUGGCAGAUGCAAAUAGCCAUUUUGAUCACAAUGCGCUCGCCGCAGAGAGGCGAGAAUCGCAUGCGUCGCACGCAUCAUCUACCGGGUCAAUUUUGCACAGCGUAACGUCCAACUCAAGCUCUGUCAACGGCUCAACUCUGAACAACACCUCAUCUCACCCUUCAACAAACGGCGAUCACCUUGCAGACUCAUCAGCAAUAUCACCACAUCUUCGUGGCCUUAGACUUUCGCCUUCAAGAGGACAGUCAGGCGAGAAGCUACCAUCAAUCCAGACCCUCCAGCCACCACCGGCAUCAGUGACCUUGCCGGAAUCAGCAGCUUCACCAAGCCAACAGCUACCAUCAAUCGCACAAUUUGAUGAUCUUGUCCGCUCUGCGACUAACGAAUCUGAUGCGUCCGGCAUCUUCGCACACCGACAAUCGAUUUCCUCCUCAGGGCAGUCGCCGUCCGCCAUCAUCCGGUCACUGUCUAUCAGCUCACAUCACUCGCCAGCUUCACCAUUUCCACCCCUCAAUGCUUCAUCGCCAGUCAGUGCCGGUAGUGAUGCAUCACGCGCAGGAGAUGUUUUCCUUCGAUCGAAAGAGCAUCUCACCCUCUUUGGACCAGGAGGAGCAAGACGACCAUCGCAGAUAGCAGAUGGGACGUAUCCUCGCUCAGCCUCCAUCUCGGUUGACAGCUACAACAGUCCGGUGGGGCACAGUACGGACAUGCUGCACACACCAAUUGAAGGUGGUCGGCAACGCGUGCUUAGCAUUGACGGCGCGUUGGCAUCGAGACAUCUGCCACCUCCUAUUGGAUCUGGUAUCUCAAAUAUACCAGAAAAUAUUACUGGCAGCUACAAGUGCGAUCAGCCAGGCUGCACAGCUGCACCAUUUCAGACGCAGUACCUUUUGAAUUCACACGCCAAUGUCCACUCACAAACGCGACCACACUUCUGUCCAGUCAAAGGGUGUCCACGAAGUGAAGGUGGAAAGGGUUUCAAGCGCAAGAACGAGAUGAUCAGGCAUGGUCUUGUGCAUCAAUCACCCGGCUACGUGUGCCCGUUCUGUCCAGAUCGAGAGCACAAGUACCCAAGACCUGAUAACCUGCAAAGGCACGUUCGCGUUCACCACGUCGACAAAGAUAAGGACGACCCACAACUACGCGAUGUACUUGCACAACGACCAGAGGGCGGCAGUCGCGGGCGAAGAAGACGGAUAUCCGCUUGCUAA